CUGCAACGUACAAAAGGAAAACAAAACCCGAGGGAAAACUUCAAACGAAACCGCCAUAUUUUCUUUCUGUUCUCUUUUAAUUUAUUGCCUGUAAAAUUUGUUUAAAAUAAUAAUAAUAAUAAAAGUAUGGAUCGCACAACCAUUGCGCCCUGGAAGGCCGAAGAGAAGGAGCAGAGCGAGAAGCUGCACAGGAAGCUGCAAGGACUGGCUUUGGUGCAUCCUUUGCCGGAUGAGUUGCGGAAACUGGUCGCCUGGGACAUGUUCCUGAAACCCAACCAGGUGGCCUUCGUCCAUGUGAUGCACUACCUGUUCCGGCUGCUGGACCCGGCGGAGUUCAAGCGGCGCUUCUUCUGGCCCAUCACGGACAAGAAGUCGGAGGCAAACUUCAGGUCCAGCACGGUGGAGUACCUUAAGCACCUGAACGAAAAACAUCAGCUGCACUGGGCCAACAUUAAGUCCUAUCUGGUGGUCAUGCCCGGUGGCAUGAGGUUUAUCAACUUCCUGCUCGAAUUUGUGGGCUUUGUCAUCCAGGAGCUAAUUAAACAGCGCGAGAAGUCACUCGGCCUCGAGGCGGGUACACCUUAUGUGUGUGCCAAGGUCAUGGCCCGCCAAAAUGCCGUGAUGAAAGAGUAUGCCUCCGGCUAUGUUAUCAAUCUGGAGGAGAACACGGCCCUAUUGCGACACAAAACACUGAAGAUAAGGCGUCUGACAAGCGAUCUGUCGGCGGACAUGGGAGUGCCCGUGGAGCAACUGGUGGACGAUGGAUUCCUGGAUGAAUUUGAGGCCAAUGCUGCACUCGGCGUGGAGCGGGUGAUAAUCCAACCCACCGAAAAGAAGGUUGACCUGGAGAAAUCUCUGUGCGGUCUCAAGGAGACUAUCGAACAGUUCCAGUCCAAGCAGGCAGAGCACAAUCAAAGCAAGGAGGCGGUAGACAAGGCUUUGCGGGGCAUGCGAGUGCUGUUCGACUGUGAUCCUGUCACAGAAGGCGACUUUUACGAUCCCUUGGGAGGCUCCAAGUUGGAAGCCCUCGUGAACUCCUUCAAUCGGGUCAGCGGCCCAAUUGCCGAGCAAUUGGAUGCCAACGACCACUACAACGAAUCAAAUGCAUUUGUCACCACUGAUUUGCAGGCACUUCGAGUGGAACUGACCCAAUCCGAGGUCCAGCUUAACAAUUUACUAAAAAAGCUGAAUGAGCCCAGCAAGAAGGAAAAGGGAAAUGCCAGUGGAAGCGCCUCUGCCAAGGGACAGCUGCUUCAGCCGGCCACGCCGCGCUUUGAUUCCGUUAUCAGCUCCAAGUUUGUUUCCACUCCUCCCAUCAAGAUCGACUUAGCCGGCGGAAUCGGCCGCACUGCACCAGUGCGUCUUGCACUCCAGGACGAUUUCAAUGACAAACAGUUUGAUGCCUUGAGCAACAGUUUACUUGCACCUGCGCCACCCCGAUCAGCAAGGAAGCUAAAAAUCCUAGAUCAGUCGGCGGGCAUUGAUCUGAAUGGCACCUUAAACCGAUCCAAGAUCAACGAUCCAAUGCAAAUGCUGCGCACCAUUCACAAGAACACUUCGAAGGUCAAGGCAGCGCCGCAGCCCAAUCUCUCCGCUCUCGGAAGCAAGUGGAAGCAAAUGCAGGCCUCCUUCGGCUUCGAUGAGCCACCGGUGAGUGGAGCAACCGCGAUUUCUCCGCAGACCUCACCUGCAGAGCCUAGCGAUCCCUUUACACCUCUGAGCAACAGCGAGUGCACGCGCAUUGAACGCAAUCCGCGCACUUCGGAAAACAACAGCUCGCUGGUUGCCAAGAAUGCUGCAGUGAUGAAGGUCCUCGAAGUGUCUCGGAAUGUGCUGAACUUGAGUACCUCGCCGUCUGGUCGGCUGGAUGCGCUGGUACCUCCCACCGAGGCCCAACAGCAGGAUACGCCUCGACUUCUUCUUAACGACAGAACCAUCAAUGAUUCACUGCCGCUAGAACCAGACUUCAAUGCAGAAAACGACCCGAAUGCAUUGAAUGUUUCGCAUAAGUUCGAUUUUGAUCAGAUCGGAGGUGAUGAUGACCUGCAGAACAUCAGUGAUAGUGUGCUUAAAGAUCUUAUAUUGUAGUUGAAUUCAAUGAAGAUAGCAAUGACUGUUCAGGUAA